AUGUACAUCGCCGUCUGCCUCGUCUUGAACAUUCUCCUCUCCAUCUCGAUCGUUUUCGUCAACAAGUUGGUGUACACUCGAAUCAUGUUCCCAAACAUGACGUUGACCUGUGUACAUUUUGUGUUCACAACCAUUGGCAUGUGCAUAUGUAGGUUCUGUUCCAUGUUUGAGUUCAAGUUACUGCCUAUCUCAAAGAUGAUUCCAAUAUCAUUAACAUUCUGUGGUUUUGUAGUGCUGACAAAUUUGUCAUUACAAAGUAAUACAGUGGGCACCUACCAGAUCAUAAAAACAAUGACAACACCUGGCAUCAUAAUUCUCCAAACAUUUUUUUACGGCAGAUCUUUUUCAACGAAAGUCAAACUAACAUUGAUUCCAAUAACAGCUGGUGUUUUUAUGAAUUCCUACUUUGAUCUAAGGUUCAAUGUCAUUGGACUGAUCUUUGCACUGUCAGGUGUUGUGGUUACUUCUUUGUAUCAAGUGUGGGUGAAUGAGAAGCAGACUGAAUUCAGUUGCAACUCGAUGCAGUUGUUGUACUACCAAGCUCCUCUCUCUGCCAUCGGAGUGGCCAUCAUUGUGCCACUUUUUGAACCUGUCAUCUCACCUGGAGGAAUUUUUGGCACCCCUUGGGAUGUUUACUCUUUGCUCCUUGUAUCCCUAUCUGGUUUAAUUGCUUUUGCCAUCAACCUCUCCAUAUUCUGGAUCAUUGGGAACACUUCCCCACUCACGUACAACAUGGUGGGUCAUUGCAAGUUCUGUCUGACAGUUGCCGGUGGCUUCCUCAUCUUCAGUGAUCCAAUCACUUUCUAUCAACUCUUCGGCAUACUGCUCACCUUUUCAGGUGUUCUAGCCUACACUCAUUUCAAGAUGAAUGAACAGAAACAACAGCAGGCAGCCAGGUUGGAGAUGGAGAAGAUAAAUGAUGAACUGAAACAGGUAACCACCAGUAGCCAACAAUUGCCAACGCCAUCACAUUCCAGCAUCGAAAUCAUUGGAAAAAGUUGA